GCCUGCUAAAAGUGAGACAAUUGAAUCACUUUCCUAGCACAUACCCGGCUGUAUACUGAUUUUAUUUCAUAAUGAACUCUGUGCUGUGACUUAAUAGGCUGUCAUAUUGGGGCUCAGAAGUGGAUUGAGACACUGAUGCAAUACAUUCGUGAGGAAGCAAAAAAAAACAUCACUUGGGCUUCAGGGAGUCCCAUCGUUAUCUACUGCUGAACAGUUCCUCUUCAUUUCACAAAUGACUGUUAGUGUGGAGAAUGGAGAAAAGCAGUUGUACUGACUAAGCAGAUUUAACAAGCUGCUGGACCUGGAGUGCUGCUUCAUUGCAGGUUUCUGAAGAUGAAAAAUAGGACAAUAGCUGGCUUUUCAGUCACCAAAUGUUCGGCAUUUCAGUUUUUAAAAAAGCGGGUCAGAAAAUGGAAGAAGAGUGACAGAUUCAAACCAGAAAAAAUGCUGGUGAUAAAGACAGAUGAUCCAGAAUCCUAUGCAUCCAAGUCGGGCAAAGGCCCGAGAUUAGCAGCUCAGUCAUCCAAAAUGGAAUGUCACUGUUGCCAAGGGAAAAUCGCCCAUAAAUCUGAUGGAUUGUGGGAAACUAGGAGGAGUUCCAAGGCAAAGAAGCAGUGUCAAGGUGAACUCCGGAAACAAGCCUCUGACAAAGUCUACAUAAACAACUGCGAUCCAGCUUUUAUGAAGCAAAAGCGAAUGGGACUGAACGAUCUCAUCCAGAAACUAGCGGCCUCUCACUCCUACGCUUGUAAACACUCAGAAAUCCCAGCCAUGUUGCACGCCGGUCCGAAGGAAACUGAAACGAAUGGAAACAGCCCGUCUCCCCCACUCAGCCCAACAACAGCACAGAUCAACCUGGGGCCUUCCUCUAACCCUCAAGCCAAACCAAGUGACUUCAACUUUCUCAAAGUCAUCGGCAAAGGAAGCUUCGGAAAGGUCCUGCUCGCCAAACACAAAUCUGACGACCAGUUUUACGCGGUUAAAGUCUUGCAGAAAAAAGCCAUACUGAAGAAGAAGGAGGAAAAACACAUCAUGUCCGAGCGUAACGUCCUGCUGAAGAAUGUGAAACACCCUUUCUUGGUCGGGCUCUACUAUUCCUUUCAGACAGCCGACAAACUCUACUUUGUCCUGGACUACAUCAACGGAGGCGAGUUGUUUUAUCACCUGCAACGUGAGCGCUGCUUCCUGGAACCUCGAGCCAGAUUCUAUGCUGCUGAGAUUGCCAGUGCUCUGGGAUACCUCCACUCUCUCAACAUUGUUUACAGAGACUUAAAACCUGAAAAUAUCUUACUUGAUCGCCAAGGUCAUAUUGUUCUAACUGAUUUUGGCCUAUGCAAAGAGAACAUUGAAUCAAAAGACACAACAUGCACGUUCUGUGGCACACCUGAGUACCUAGCUCCUGAAGUUUUACACAAGCAGCCCUAUGACCGGACAGUUGACUGGUGGUGCCUAGGUGCAGUUCUCUAUGAGAUGUUGUAUGGAUUGCCUCCAUUCUACAGCAGGAAUACAGCUGAAAUGUAUGACAACAUUCUCAACAAGCCACUACUGUUGAAACCAAACAUCUCCAACGCUGCCAGAGAUUUGCUGGAGGGUUUGCUGCAAAAGGACAGAACAAAGCGAAUGGGUGCAAAGGAGGACUUUAUGGAUAUCAAGGCUCACAUCUUCUUCUCUCCAAUAAACUGGAUUGACUUAAAUGCUAAGAAAUUGACGCCUCCUUUUAACCCUAAUGUGAGUGGACCUUCUGAUCUGCAGCACUUUGACCCAGAGUUCACUGAUGAGCCUGUUCCAAACUCAAUUGGCCGAUCCCCUGAUGCUGCUCUGAUUACCGCCAGUGUGAAGGAAGCAUCUGAAGCUUUUCUUGGAUUUUCCUACGCUCCACCCAUCGACUCCUUCCUGUAGUGAAUCAUCAAAGUGACUUGUCUGAUGGUGGUUUACCUCAGCUGAGAUCUCUUUUGGAUUUACCAAGAAAUGGGACAUAUCUGGAAGGAAAAUUACACAUCUCAUUGGCAGCUGCCUGGCCUUCAAUUCCAUUUCUGAGAUCAUGCUGAAGUCUUCAAGGAACACUUGUUACUCGGUGUGUCUGGGAGCUAUCUGUGGCAGUGCUGUGCUGCUGCACACUGGAAGAAAGUCUAUUUGUCAAAGGGGUGGAAUAAGAACUUGCUGUCAUCCCAUUAUUUCAAGAUUUUUUAUUUCAACCUGACUUGAAUAAGGGUGAUGGUUGUCUGAAGACUGUUGCUUCAGCUACAUGUGCCUUUUGCAAUAAGCAAGGUUGUAGGCAUUGGAGUGGUCACGUUCAACUGUUGUGCCACAACAAAUGGAAAUGUGAACACAGAUGGAGGUGUGGUUUUGUAAUAACCAUUGAACUAAUAAUUGUUCUUUGGUUUAAACUUUGACUUCAGUGAUUCUGAUUGACACAGCAGGGACUAGGAAGAUGAGAUGAACUGUAGAUACUAUCCCUCUAAUUUAAUCUCCCUCCCUCCCCAAAAUACACAAAACAAAAAUACAUGUCCAAGCACACAGGGACAUGCAUGAACAUACACAAACUCUCAUACAUGAACACGUACACAUACAUGUGCAUGAGCACACAGGCACAUACGCGCAUACAAAUACAAACAUGCCCACACAUGCACAAUCUGAAAUCGUUCACUACGAUAUGCUUGAAUCAUUGCUGCUAUAGAUAGAAUUAUAAAUUUUGUUUCUAGGACCAAAAUGCCCUAAAUGUGGAGUCUUGUCUUAUAAUUUCCAACUAGCUUGUAUGUGCUAGAAAUCCCAUAUGUGCAUAAAUUAAUAUUUUGUCUCCAUUGCAGUCCAGAUUUUAAUGGUUGUCUCAUUUCAGCUGUGCAUAUGUAAAGAAAUCUGUAUGAUGUGAUCUGUUGCUGCACUAGUUUUAAUGUGUAUAUUUAAGACAUUACCAAUAAUGUAAAUGGUUUUACUGUAUAAUAGACUAUAAUUUUAAUUUGUUUUCAAAUGUACACAUUCCUGAACUAAGGUUGGGUUUGCAAUAAAUGUAAAACUAUUUUAAAAGAA